GCCAGAUCUGCUGCACCGCAGCCACCCCAUGAUCCCAAUGAAGUGGAACUAUGUACCGGAAGGCUUCGACGAGAAGGUUCAGCUGCUGCUGGAGCACCUGAAAAAUGAGAUCGGCUACGUCACGGCCAAGCAGACGGGGUUCAAGUUUAUGAGGCUCCGAACCAACAGGAUGCAAAAUCCUGUUGGCAUGCCCCAUCAUUACAGGGAGAAGACCAUCAUCUUCUGCAACAGCACCGACACGGCUUCGCGGCUCGGAGAGCUCCUCGCGACGACGCAUGGCUUCCGGAAGCUUGGACUGUUCGUGAAGAAGAUCGGCUACGACGAGCGGCGGAAGCGCCUCAAGAUGUUCCGCGAGGGUCGCAUCACGCUGAUGGUCUCGACGGAUCUGCUGUCCCGUGGCAUCGACAUUCCCGACCUCAAGAAUGUCAUCCAGUUCGACUUCUCGAGGAAUAUCGUGAAUCACCUCCUCCGCUCGGGUCGUGCCAGCCGCGCAGGGGCUCGUGGGCGGGUCUUCUGCAUGUACGAUGACGACGAGCAGGGUGGCAAGGCCCUGGCCGAAGCGAUUCAGGAGCUCGGUACGCAGCCCCUCGAUGGGCUCUUCAGCCGCCGCCGCGGCUUCAGGCACAUGCUGCAGAGGACGGAGGCCUUCCGCCAGAUGCUGCUUAUUCAGGGUCUGCCGCUGCCUCCACACCUACAGGCUGGUCCUGAUGAGCCUCUCGCGCGCAUCGGCAAUAGCGAGGCUCUCCGGGAGGAUGCGCUGCAGCGGGCACUCUGGGACGAGGACACCGAAUCGACACCAUCCGAGCUAGAGGAAGAGGAGGCCGCUCGCUCAACAACCAACCGCCAGUUUGACAGAGCUCGGGAGUCACAAAAGGAUUUCGAGUUCAACGAAGCUUUGGAGGCUAUGGAGGAGGAAGAAGAGGAGAUGCUGAAU